CUCGACGCGACACCCCCGAGAUCAAUCUAUCCAUUUACUCUGAUUCUAUCACUUGACCAGCCCGAAGAUACAAACACAGUGGCUUCAUUCAUCCAAGCGACUUCCUCCUGCGCUCGCGCAAUCCGGCUGCAGCCUGCGCCGUCUCGAUCCUUUCCCUGCCCGACAAACCACAAUCAUUUAUCGACCCACGCCGCGGCUAUGCAAACUGAGGACGUUGCAAUACACUUCAACACCCUGUCUAUGCAAGAUAACAAGAAGAAGCGGAAGCCCCGUAAACCAAAGGACAAGACACAACUCAACGCGCAAAGCACAAGCUUCCAACCAGACCAGGACCACCACGCUACCUUUCCCGACCCCGUCGACAUGGCUCCGAAGCAACCUCGACGGCGACAACAAGACCCUAAUCUGGUCCGCUAUGUGCCAUACGACGACUAUGCCCCUUCUUCAUAUCGCUCUCUGGCCUUUCACUCCAUCAAUUCCGCUACACAACACUAUCCGCACCCAGUUGCUCCUCCUCCUCCUACUUUCCGCCCAAUAAACCGCCAUCCCUCGUCCUUCUUCGUGCCUUCUUACGCCGCAGACCCCCAUCCUCCGACCCGUGUCCAUUCGAACCGCUCUCAUAUCUUCUUUGAUGAUCCUGUUCCCUACGCUUCUCAGCCAUUCAUACAACCAGAGCUGCCUAUCCCAGAAUACAACCAACCGCGUCGCUCGGCCCGCCAAGCUGUCCGUCAGUCACACUCUCAACAACCCGUACAACUCCCUCCUGCCAGUCAGCCCAUCCAAGGACAGCGAUUCCGCUCCCCUAAACCGGACAAGCGUCCCCGUGCUGUCGGCAAACUACUUCGCCCAACUCCUUCACUCCCAUAUCUUGUCAACUCCCUGGUCACAUCUCCGACACUUGAUCGCCCGAAAUCUCUGCUUGUUGUCUUGGAUCUGAAUGGUGUUCUGGCUUUCCGCAAAAAGAGGACAAAGGGCUACAAACCUAGACCGAACCUCGACACCUUCCUCAAUUAUUUGUUCGACAACCACCAUGUCAUGAUCUGGUCGAGUGGUAUGCCCGAGAACGUUGAGCGCAUCAUCGAGAGAAUGCUGUCGACGAAACAACGCAAGCAACUGGUUGCCAUCUGGUCCCGCGACAAGCUCCGCAUCCCGGACAAUCUGUUUGGUGAGAAAGUCCAGGUCUACAAACAACUCAGUUGGAUCUGGGAGGAUCCGACACUACAAACGAAUGCACCUCUUGGAGGUUGGAGUCAGAGAGAUACCGUAUUGGUUGAUGAUUCCAUCGACAAAGCAGCUGCGGAACCUCACAAUCUGAUUGAAGUCGACGAAUUUACAGGUGAGCCCGAGCAGAGCGGAAACACCACGCUGCUGCAUGUCAUUGCCUAUCUAGAGCGUAUCCGCUGGUAUGAGAAUGUCAGUGCAGAGAUGCGCGCCACUCCCUUUGUCGUGUCAAAGGCUUAAAAGAUCAAGUCUACUACAGAUCAGGUCAUGUUCCCUAU